AUGGACACUCAAAGUGAGUGGAACCAACUUGUAUUCGACACUAACAAACCAGCCAAAUGGUGGCAUCAACGUCGAGCUAAAAUCAUUGGAAUUUCUUUUGUAAUUUUCGUAGCUCUCACAAUUUCCGUAGUUUUAAUUCUAGAAUUUUCCAUAUGGUCUCCAAAAAAUUCAUACAGCACUACCACCACUACCGCUCAACCAUCCGUAUGGCGCAGUACUGGAAACAUGAAUACUCAACGAGAAGGGCAUGUAGCAAUCUUGUUAAAGAAUGGAAAAGUACUAGUUACUGGUGGUUCGGAUCACGGUUCGUGUGCGUUCAGUAGUGAGUUGUAUGAUUUAGAAACAGGCAAUUGGACAAUUACUGGUAAUAUGAGUAUUGACCGAUGUGAGCAUACAAUGUCGAUAUUAACGAAUGGGAAAGUAUUGGUUGCUGGUGGUGGGUCGGGCACUGCUGAAAUAUAUGACCCCUCAUUCGGUAUUUGGAUUCGUACUGUGCGCAUGAAUGAGGUGCGACAUGGGCAUACUGCAUCGGUAUUAACAGAUGGAAAAGUGUUAGUUGUCGGUGGAGGAACUGACAGUGCUGAAGUAUAUGAUCCAUCAACAGGAAAUUGGACAAGCACUAAUAGCAUGCAUACUCAACGAUAUGACCACAUAGCUACUGUAUUAACUAACGGAAAGGUGUUAGUUGCUGGUGGUUCGGAACUUGACUACGAUGGCAUUAUGGAUAGCUGUGAGUUGUAUGAUCCAUUAACAGAAAUGUGGACAGUUACUGCUAAGAUGAGUCACCGACGAAUGCAACAUUCAGCAUCGGUAUUAACAAACGGAAAAGUGCUUGUUACUGGUGGUUUAGAUGAUAUGCGACGUUAUGUCAAAAUCUCUGAGUUGUACGAUCCAUUAACAGAAACAUGGACAAUUACUGGGAACAUGAGUUUUCCACGUGCUCAGCACACAGCUUCCAUAUUAAGAAAUGGAAAAAUAUUAGUUACUGGUGGGAUGACUGAGAGUUUAAUACGAUACAGUACUGAGCUGUAUGAUCCAGCGACAGGAAUCUGGAUGGUCGCUAAUAAUAUGAACCACGUACGGGUUCUUCAUACGGCAACCGAAUUAGAAAAUGGAAAUGUGUUAGUAGCUGGUGGAGACGGACGUGAUAAUAGUGCUGUUAAUAGUGCUGAGCUGUAUAUUUCACCGAAAACAAUUUCAGCAACUAUCAAUAAAAAGAACAAUCCACCAAAUAGUCACAAAGCUCCAAUGACGAAGAGAACAUUAAAUAAGGAUGGGCACUAA